AUGGCGAGAAAGAUGCUAAUUGAUGGGGAGGUAGGCAAUUCUACUGAAGAAGAGGCUCACUAUGACUUUGAUUUGUUUGUGAUUGGGGCUGGAAGUGGAGGUGUCCGGGCUGCUCGUUUUUCCUCUCAGUAUGGAGCUAAGAAGGUUGGGAUUUGCGAGCUUCCUUUUCAUCCAAUCAGUUCAGAAGUCAUAGGAGGAGUUGGUGGAACAUGUGUCAUACGUGGUUGUGUUCCUAAAAAGAUUUUGGUGUAUGGGGCUUCCUUUGGGCCUGAACUUGAGGAUGCCAGGAAUUAUGGGUGGGAAGUAAAUGAGAAGAUUGAUUUCAAUUGGAAGAAACUUUUGCAAAAGAAGACAGAGGAAAUAGUCCGGCUAAAUGGAAUCUACAAGCGAUUACUUUCAAAUGCAGGGGUUAAACUCUUUGAAGGAGAGGGGAAGGUAGUUGGUCCCAAUGACGUAGAAGUGACACAACUGGAUGGCACUAAAUUGUGCUAUUCAGCAAAGCACAUAUUGAUUGCAACUGGCAGUAGGGCUCAACGUCCACCUAUUCCUGGACAGGAGUUGGCUAUAACUUCUGAUGAGGCUUUGAGCUUGGAUGAGUUACCCAAGCAUGUUGUCAUACUUGGUGGAGGGUACAUUGCUGUUGAGUUUGCUUCUAUAUGGCGUGGAAUGGGUGCCACAGUGGAUCUAUGCUUCAGAAAGGAACUUCCAUUGAGAGGUUUUGAUGACGAAAUGAGAACACUGGUUGCAAGAAACCUGGAAGGCAGGGGAAUUAAUUUGCACCCACGGACAUCCUUGACAGAGCUGGUUAAAACAGAAGAUGGCAUAAAAGCUGUCACUGACCAUGGUGAAGAAUUGGUGGCUGAUGUUGUACUAUUUGCCACUGGUCGGGCUCCUAACACAAAGAGGCUAAAUUUGGAUGCUGUAGGUGUUGAGCUUGACAGGGCAGGAGCUGUGAAGGUUGACGAGUACUCACGCACCAGCAUACCUAGCAUAUGGGCCAUUGGUGAUGUUACAAAUCGCAUAAAUCUCACUCCUGUGGCCUUAAUGGAAGGGACCUGUUUCGCAAAAACUGUUUUUGGUGGAGAGCCUAGCAAACCGGACUAUAGUAACGUACCUUGUGCCGUGUUCUGCAUACCACCUCUUUCUGUAGUUGGACUAAGCGAAGAAGAGGCUAUAGCGCAAGCAAAGGGUGAUAUCUUGGUUUUUACAUCAACAUUUAAUCCUAUGAAGAACACCAUUUCAGGACGGCAAGAGAAGACGGGUAUGAAGCUUAUUGUUGAUGCUGAAACGGAUAAAGUUCUUGGUGCAUCCAUGUGUGGGCCAGAUGCAGCUGAGAUUAUGCAGGGUAUUGGCAUUGCACUCAAGUGUGGAGCAACCAAAGCACAAUUUGACAGCACGGUGGGUAUUCACCCUUCUGCUGCAGAAGAAUUUGUGACAAUGAGGUCAGUGACUAGGCGUAUCGCUGUUAGUAAACCAAAGACAAACCUCUAAAGAAUUUGAAACAGGGUUAGGGAUAAAGCAUACCACAUGGUUGGAAGUGGUACUUGGGUUCAUGCAAUUAGAAGGUUGAAAAGAGCAGACUUUGGUAGUAGGUUUAGCAGAAUAAAAGAUUUUUUUGUCCUCAAGAAACUGAAGCAGCUUUAAUGUCAAACAAUUGUGAUUCUGAGGACAAUAUUGUUAUUCAGUGCAAUUGCAUAAGACUAAUGGAGUGAUGGGAAAAAAAGGGAAAUUGAAACAUACAUUGUUGGUUAUAUGAAAUGGUCUGUGUUUUUGAAUCUUUCCCCCCCUUUUAUAUUGUAUAUUUUCUUCCUCGAAUAAGAUUGGGGUUACUGGUAAGAUAGUUGUAUGUCUGAAUAAAUUGUGAUUAUUAAACAAUGUUACA